CAACCGCCAAGACCAAAUUAGCCGUCAGCCAGUAAAUGAAAUGUUCCGUUCUUGCAUGUGCCGGGGCUAAGGGAUUCCUCGGUCCAGACGUCGUGGCGAGCUGUAAUUUACCAAUUGUCAACCAUCAGGCAUCACCACGUCAGAAUACGAAAUCAAGGCGUAAUAUAUUUCCAUGAGGAGCAAGCUGCCUGUUGGCGGGGUAAAAUGAACCAGGAGUCUGCCCUGGAGCCGUGCGAAACGGGACAGCUGUUCCUGCAAUUAUCCGCAAACCAACUUAUAACGACGAUGCCAGCCCGCUCCAGAUCAGGAGUAUUCAGGUGAAGUAACGAUCAGAGAGUUCAGCUCAUAUUCACAUAGUCUGCCACAGUAAGACAAAGAAGCUCAUCGACAUCAUGGUCUCCUUCACAUCUCUCCUCGCCGGCUUCGUCGCUGUUACCGGAGUUCUGUCCGCUCCCACUGAGAACGUGGAGGUCGUGGACGUGGAGAAGCGCCAGACGAUUGGCCCCGGCACUGGCUUCAACAACGGCUACUACUACUCGUACUGGAACGAUGGCCAUUCCGGCGUGACAUACACCAACGGUGCUGGCGGCUCAUUCAGCGUCAACUGGGCAAACUCGGGCAACUUUGUCGGAGGCAAGGGAUGGAACCCCGGCAGCAGCUCCAGGGUCAUCAACUUCUCUGGCAGCUACAACCCCAACGGCAAUAGCUACCUCUCAGUCUAUGGCUGGUCAAAGAACCCUCUCAUCGAGUACUACAUCGUUGAGAACUUUGGAACCUACAACCCAUCGACCGGCACCACCAAGCUGGGCGAGGUGACCUCUGACGGCAGCGUCUACGACAUCUACCGCACGCAGCGAGUCAACCAGCCUUCCAUCAUCGGAACCGCCACCUUUUACCAGUACUGGUCUGUCCGCCGCAACCACCGCUCCAGCGGCUCGGUCACGGUUGCGAACCACUUCAACGCGUGGCGCAACCUGGGCUUGACCCUGGGAACCUUGGACUACCAGAUCAUUGCCGUGGAGGGCUACUUUAGCUCUGGUAACGCCAACAUUAACGUUAGCUAAAGGGCUGGUGGCGCAUGAGAAGGAGUCAUCAUUGUUGAGGCAACUACUAUAUAUGAUGAUAUGCCGUACGCAUGUAUACAAGACGCACAGAUAGCCUACCUACCUACAUGUACC